UGCUGCUCCACUGUGACUCAGGCAGCACAGUAACUUUCAUUUACCAGCUUUUUUUUUUUUACAGGAGAAAGUCUCCACCACAGAGAAUGAUGAGGUUUAUGACAGUAGGUGAAUUAUACAGCUGUUAACAGACGCACAUGAAUGAAGCGGUAUGAGGGCGGCUGAGCUGGACCGGUGCAGAGCAGAAGACUAUUUUCCUCUGGUUUUUGGAUGAAACUGAAGCAACAUCCACCAUGUAUGACAGCCCCCCUGUGUACAGCCCACCUUACAGCACUGUGUCUCAAAACUUCUAUCCCCCGAGGAGCGUCCACUCCCCUCAGAGCCAGUAUGUCCCGUACACCUACCAUCUCCCACCAGACUCCCACCACAUGGAGGGGACGCCUCAACACUUCUACCGCUGGUUUUCACCACCGGGGUUUGUCAAAACCUUCCAGGGCGCCACCGUGCUCAUGUGUUUCCUCAUCUUUGCCUGCGUGGCCUCUACCCUGGUGUGGGAUAUGAAUGGAUUUGGGUAUGGGGGUUACGCUGCUGGGGCUACGGGUGGCGUUGCAGGGGCUGGAUCUGGAUAUUAUGGGGGCAGCUAUGGAUAUGGUGGCUCCUACAUGACGCCACAGUCCGCCAAGUCGGCAAUGAUCUCAAUGGCAGCCAUUAACUUCCUGGUUUCGCUGGGUUUCCUGGUGGGGAGCUUCUCUCGGUCCCGGGCGAUGAGGGGAUGCAGGUUUUACCUGACUGUGUUCAUCUGUGACAUCAUCUUAGCUGUGCUUCAGGGAAUCAUCGACAUCAUCUUUGUGAUUGGCGUGAACCCGAUGUCUCAGAGCUCACAGAGCAUGCUGUACAACCCCAUGCUGAUGAUGUGCCAGAACAUCCAGGGCAGCCCCAGCCUCAGUGGCAGCGUGGGAGCAGGAUUUCCAGGCGGAUUCCCCAUGUACAAUCAAUACCUGCACCACUACUGCUACAUGGACCCUGAAGAGGCGGUCGCGUUAGUGUUGGGUCUGAUCGUGGUGUUGGCGUUGUCCCUGUCUGCUUACUACGCCUACAAGACCCGCAGCAAGAUUUGGCGCCACGGCAAGGCUAACAUCUACUGGGACAAUCCCAUGGUCAGACCAGCGGAAGGGCAAGACAUGCAGGACUGGGUGAACGCCGAUGGAGACUUGCGCAAUACACAGCAGGCACCGACUGUUGUUGUGUCAGAGAGAGUGGCACCUGACCUCAGAGUGGAGAACAGCGUGGUCUCCUAUAGCAACGCGACAGUCAGCAUCCACAGCGAGGGACAAUAUAACAGCAACAGUUUCUCUGCUGACACCAGUAACCGUGCGGGGGCUGAGCCUCUAUAUGAGAACAGCAGGGUCACGGUUUACUCCAGCAGCUCCUCGGACGAGACCAACAGCGCCCGAAAACCUCCUCCUCAUCAUGUGAAGAGGAAAGAGAGGAGAGAUCAAGAGCCGCGCCCCGCUGCUCAGGAGAUGGUUGAGUCUCAGUAUGAAACCGGAUACACCACAGGAGACACCGGAAAUGAACUGGACCAGGAUCACACAGCUUAUCUCUACAGGCUGUACCCAGAGAUAACUUCAGACGAACAGCGGCAGCAGUACAAGCGAGAGUUCGACUCUGAUCUGGCCUGUUACAAGAGGCUCUGUGCCGACAUGGACAACAUCAGUGACGAGAUGCACAAGCUGAGCCGAGAGCUGGACACGCUGGAUGAAAGCUCCAUGAAAUACCAGGGUGUGGCGGAGGAGUAUAACCGACUGAAAUACCUGAAAAGGACACCGGACUAUCAAGCCAAAAAGAAGCAGAGCAGACAACUUCGUCAAAAGCUUUUCCACAUCAAGCGUCUGGUAAAAAUCUACGACCAGGGUCUGUGUUAGUGUCUGUGAUGUGAGGACCAACACUGACAGACCUGUCUGAAGAAACAGACUCUUCCUUCAUUUUCCUUCAGUUUCACUGCUGUUUAAAGUUUAACAGUUGAGCCCAUCCCAACAUGACAGAAACUGACCCUCAGCUCUGACACUUAUGUUUACAGCGCCUUUAUUAACUUUAUUACCUUUGCAGCCGUCAGAACAAAGCGAGCUGUGGACUUUACCCUGUGUGAUUGUAAAUGUCAACUUGACAACUGACAGUUUUCACGUUUGAUUUAUUGAAUCUUGCACAUUUUCCUUUGUUCUUUUAAUUUCAGCGGCAGUUUAGAUAUUGUAUUUUCGAAAUAGUGUGAAGAUAGUCAUGAAUGAGGAUAAAGAUGACAUUGAUCAUGUAAAUAAGAAUUAAAACAAUUGUAUCAAUACACUUGUGCCUCGAUGGUACAUGUUGCAGUGUUUAUUUGGCAUUCUUCAUACAGAUGUAAUUACAACACUUUUUCAAGUAGUUUGAAAAAA